AUGGCAGAGGAGAGUAGGGGCAAACGAAGGAAGCAAGCGAACCCGAGAAGGAAUCGAGUGGACAUUGAGCAGGCCAGUUCGCUGGGCUCGGAGGGGAAGGAUGAUGAUAAGGUGGGUUUGUGGAGCCUAGAAGUCCAGGACUAUCAGGACAGCCUGGACAAGACCAGUCUGACCCCCAGCGAGGGAGAGGGUGACGGGGAGGGGACUGAGCCAGCAGGCAGCCCCAGCCCUAGGGGCCUCUCAACUCGGCCCCACAACCUAAGCCUCAGCCCCAGCCCCAGAGGGGGCCACUGGGCAGAGGGGGCCGAGGAGGAGAGCCCUGGGAGUGGGCUAACCAUGGAGGACAAGGAUGGAGAGAGGGAGCAGGGAUCACUCAAGACCUAUAGUCAGAGGUCAGACAGUCAGGCCCUGGAGGACAUGGCCCACUAUGACUUCCUGGUGCAGCUGAGAAAGGCAUCCUCCCACCACCCGGCCUCCCACCACUACCACCAGCACCAUCAGCCCCCUAACGGCAGCGCUACAGCCCCAGCCAUGUAUCACCCUGGCAGCCUGAACCUCCACGAUGACCCCCUUCCCAUCUGGUCUCCUGGGACGCAGCAUGGCAUCCCUCUGAGUCCUGAUGCUACGAGGAACCUUCAGGCAUGUCCUUUCUGCCAGCGCCCCUACCACCUCGGUGCGUCUCUACGCGAGCACAUCAAGUUCUGCCAUGAGCGGGACGGGGGGCACAUGGUGUGCCCGGUCUGUGGGUACACUGCCCGCUAUAGGGCACAGAUGGAACAACACAUGGCACUGCACAGUCAGGUGGAGGAUAAGCACCCUGUGUCCGACCACGGCAUAGAGAGCAGGAAGUUCAAGUGUCUCCAGUGUGGGAAAGCCUUCAAGUACAAACACCAUCUCAAGGAGCACCUCCGCAUCCACAGUGGCGAGAAACCGUACGAGUGCUCCAAUUGCAAGAAGCGUUUCUCUCACUCCGGCUCCUACAGCUCACACCUCAGCAGUAAGAAGUGCCUGGCCGGAGGAGGAGGAGGUAGUGGAAGGAACAGCAGUGGGAUGGGCUCUCCCUACCCUCCCCACACCCAGGAGGAACGUCCUCCAAUGGGGUUAGAGAGGAACCUGUAUCUCCCUAGAGACCAUGGUACGCGUCUCCUCCGGGGCCAGGAGCUAGGCUGGGAGUUGGGCCGGCGGUGGGACUCCACGCCGGAGCGCUUUCUCCGGGCCAGUGUGUUCAAGGACACCACCCUGCUGCCGUACCUACAUGCCGGCACCGGGGGAAAGUUUGAGCAGAUGCUGCAGGAGAUGCUGCACAGGGAGGAGGGAGGGUCUGGCUCAGCCAGGGAGGAGGGGAGACUGGGGGUUCACAAUGGAGGGAGAGACGGGAAGGCAUCACCGGAGGCUCCGUUGAAACUAAAACGCGACCGUGCCGGCUCGGGUGAUGGCCAGGGGGUAGGUGGAGGGGUAACAUGUCGUUGGUGCUCCCAGCUCUUUCCCAGCCCCGCCAUCUUACUCCAGCACGAGCGCUACCUCUGUAAGAUUUACCAAGAGGCCAUGGAGGUGUCUGAGGAUCCUCACAGCAAAAAACACCUCUCUCCCCUCUACUUCUCCACCAGACCCCCUCUCCACCCACCACCAUCACCAGAUAACCACAAACCCCCAGCGAUGACCAACGGUUUCCCGAAAGACAAGUCUCCUCUCCAGAGACCCAGCUGGAACUCUGUCCCUCAGCAGCUGCUGGUUGCCAUGCACUCCCCCCUCCCGCCCAGCCCAGACUCACUUGCCACGAGGUCCCAUUGGUCCAGCCAGGAGAGUGGCAGGAGUGGCGGCAGCCCUGGCCAACCAGCACCAACCAGCCCUGCUACAGACAUGUCAUCCCCUCCCCCAUUGGGGCGAAGACGGGUCCCCUCUUCAGGGUUCGGCUCGCACCUCUGCCUGGACCUGUCCUCUGCCGUCCUCACCACUCCUGCAAGCCGAGCCGCCCCCCAGGGAAGGACCCACCGGUCGUAUAGCUCCGAGAAUGACCAACCCCUGGAUCUCUCCCUCCCCAAGCCCCAGGAGGGGAAAGCCCUAGAGAACAGCAAGCCCUAUAAUGGACACCCUCACUGGGAAGAGAAGAGACAGAAGACCCAGAGAGACCCAGCAGAGAACCAGCACCACCGGAGGCUGAGCGUCCGUCUCAGUCCACCUCCUCACCAGCAUCAUGCAGUCUACAGCAGCGCUCAUAUCGCCAGGGGUUCCAUCUACAGUGCCUAUCCUCUGUUUAACCCUAUGAUGCUUGCUGGGCUAGCUGGCUCGGGGCAUGACGGGGUCCCCUCCCUGCCCCUCGGCCGUCCAGUUCGCAACCAGGGAUUCCUCUCACCCAUGACCUACAUGAUGGAGUCAGACACAGACGCUGUGCUGAAGAGGAUCCACCAGGAGAGACGAGCAUUAAUGGGUGAGGUGAUGGGCCGCGGGAGUCUGGACUACCUCUCUCUGAUACAGGAGGGAGGAGAGGGCGAGGGGGGACCAGGGAGGAAGAGACUAAAGAAGACAGACGAAGGCCUGUACGCUUGUGACAUCUGUGACAAAACCUUCCAGAAGAGCAGCUCUCUGCUCCGACACAAGUACGAGCACACAGGUAAGCGUCCUCACGAGUGCCAGAUCUGCAGGAAGGCCUUCAAGCACAAACACCAUCUAAUUGAACACAGCCGCCUGCACUCUGGAGAGAAGCCCUACCAGUGUGACAAGUGUGGCAAGCGCUUCUCCCAUUCGGGCUCCUACUCCCAGCACAUGAACCACCGGUAUGCCUACUGCAGCCUGCACCAGGACCAGGAGGAGGGUGAGGAGCUCCCUCGAACCCCAGGACGGUCCACCGAUGUGGGCCACAUGGCCGUGGACACCCCCCUUUCCAUGGAGGACACCCCAACAUUUCUUAGUGACUCCAGUCUAGACGGGGGGGUAGAAGGGAGAGUAGAUGAAGAGGAGGAAGACGAGGAGCACGAGACAGAAGAGAAUGAAGGCGGACGUAUGAAGGAGGCAUGUAGUUUGUCAGGGUAUAGGUCUGGUGAGGGAUUGGAGCCGAGCCCCAGUCUGGUACAGGGGUCCCCUGUGGGGAGGGACAGGGAGAGAGAACAGAGGGAGAGAGACGAAGAGCAGGUUGACAGACACAAUGGAGAGAGAGAGAGUGCUAGUCUAGGGACUCACGGACUGGAGACCAACCAUCACUGGGACAAAGACACAUUGGAACGAAAUGGAGACCAGACAGACACAUACGAGCUGAGCCCGGAAGCUCCAGUGUCACAACAGUGGACAAGUGUGCCAAAACAAUGCAUCUAG